AGAAACAAAAUAUUUUUAAAUUCUUAGAUUUUUCUCAUAUUUCACCAUCCUUUAACAACAAAAAAUAAAAGAGAAUCAUGGGCUUGUCUCACGGCGGCGCCGGAGUUAUCAUCAUCGGAGUUAUUCUGAAUGAUUUGAUCAAAACGGUUCGUUCUUUGAUUGAUCCUCGUCGUUGGCUUGGUGUUUAUUAUACGUGGGGGAGUAGUAGUACUAUCUCCUCUGGCCUAAACAAAAUUCCGAUAGACGAUAUGUUGCCGGCAACAAAAUUCGAGGAGAUGUCGUCAAGAAGGGUAAAUCUGCCGGAGAGCUGCCGGAUAUGCCAAGAGGAGUUCGACGGCGGUGAGGAUGUACGGUGUUUGAGGAAUUGCGUACACGUUUAUCACAGGGCGUGUAUUGACCGUUGGAUCCGUGACGAUAAGAUGACAUGCCCUUUGUGUCGGACACCCAUCGUCCCUGAUUUCUAUUUUUUCCGUUUGUAA